AUGCGGAUCUCCUUCCUCCUUCUCACCGCCUCUCUGUGUGCCUUGGUCCUCCUCCUCGCACCUGCCUCGGAGGGCUGCGGGCCGGGGAGGGGGUACGGCAAGAGGCGGCUCCCGAAGAAGCUCAUCCCGCUCGCCUACAAGCAGUUCAGCCCCAACGUCGCCGAGAAGACUCUGGGAGCCAGCGGGCGACCCGAGGGCAAAAUUACGCGCAACUCCGAGCGCUUCAAAGAACUGACGCCGAAUUACAACACAGACAUAAUCUUUAAAGAUGAGGAGGACACGGGCGCCGACAGGCUCAUGACCCAGCGUUGUAAGGACAAGUUGAACUCGCUGGCCAUCUCUGUGAUGAACAUGUGGCCGAACGUGAAGCUGCGGGUGACGGAGGGCUGGGACGAGGACGGUCACCAUUCAGAGGACUCGCUGCACUACGAGGGGCGUGCUGUCGACAUCACCACGUCAGACAGGGACAGAAACAAGUAUGCCAUGCUGGCCCGCCUGGCCGUAGAAGCUGGGUUCGACUGGGUCUACUACGAGUCCAAAGCCCACAUUCACUGUAGCGUCAAGUCAGAACAUUCUGUGGCAGCCAAAACCGGCGGAUGUUUUCCCGGCGAUGCUCAGGUUACCCUUGAAGGUGGGGCAGCUAAACGGAUGCGCGACCUCCUGCCCGGCGACCGCGUCUUGGCUUCCUCGUCAACAGACGGCCACGGUCCUCUCCUCUACAGCCCAGUCCUAUCCUUUCUGGACCGCCAGCCCAACGUCACAAAGACCUUCUACGUUAUCGGGACUGAUGCAGGACUUAACAUCACUCUCACGGCUGCUCACCUGAUCUUUGUCUCAGACUGUACUGGUGGGCCUGGUCGGAGAGCAGGUCUGAGGACAGUUUUUGCCAGCGAGGUCCGGCCGGGACAGUGCGUGUUUACGUCGGCUGGGGAAGUGAGGUCACAGGCGAGACUUUCAGCCGUGACCUUUGUGGAGGAGCGGAGGAGCGCUGGGCUGUUUGCCCCCCUCACACAGCACGGCUCUAUAGUGGUGAACGGCGUGCUGGCGUCCUGCUACGCUGCUGUGGACAGUCACCAUUUGUCCCACUGGGCCCUGGCACCGCUGAGAUUCUUCUACGGCCUGAUGGGGCCUUCAGGAGCGCAGAGCGACGGGCUGCACUGGUACCCUUGGCUUCUGCAGAAGCUGGGGAAACUGCUGCUGGACGCCGGACACUUCCACUCCUGGGGUAUUUAA